UCUUCUCCGCACAAUAUUGUAGAGAGAGAAAGUCUGGAGAGAGAGAGAGAACACAGAGAUAAUAAAUAUGCACAUCUGUAGUAUGUAUAGAUAUCUACAUCUACAUAUAUAAAUAUAUAUAUUGAUCUCUGUUCUAUCAUCAAUCGAUCUUGCUAAGGGCUUCACAGAUCUGCUCUCUUAGAAUCUUGAUAAUUAUCAUCAUCAUUAUUAUUAUUAAUAAUUAUUUGGGUCAAAGGAAGUGCAAUGUCUUCUCUAAGUAGAGAGCUAGUGUUCUUGAUCUUGCAGUUUCUUGAUGAAGAAAAAUUCAAAGAGACUGUUCACAAGCUUGAGCAAGAAUCAGGGUUUUUCUUUAACAUGAAGUAUUUUGAAGAUGAGGUGCACAAUGGGAAUUGGGAUGAGGUUGAGAAAUAUCUUUCAGGUUUCACUAAAGUGGAUGAUAAUAGGUACUCCAUGAAGAUAUUUUUUGAAAUUAGGAAGCAAAAGUAUCUUGAAGCAUUGGAUAAGCAUGACAGGUCUAAGGCUGUUGAGAUUCUUGUAAAAGAUCUCAAGGUGUUUGCCUCAUUUAAUGAAGACCUUUUUAAGGAGAUAACUCAGUUAUUAACUUUGGAGAAUUUUAGGGAGAAUGAACAGUUGUCGAAAUACGGAGAUACGAAAUCCGCUCGAGCUAUAAUGUUGGUUGAACUUAAGAAGUUAAUUGAAGCGAACCCUUUGUUUCGCGACAAAUUGCAAUUUCCAAAUCUUAAGAAUUCAAGAUUAAGGACACUCAUAAACCAAAGUUUGAAUUGGCAACACCAACUUUGUAAAAACCCCAGGCCAAAUCCAGAUAUCAAAACGUUAUUCGUUGAUCAUUCUUGCGGUCAACCAAACGGGGCACGCGCUCCUUCACCGGCAAACAAUCCGCUUCUUGGAUCAUUACCGAAAGCUGGUGGCUUUCCUCCUUUAGGUGCACAUGGGCCAUUUCAACCUACACCAGCUCCAGUGCCGACACCACUUGCUGGUUGGAUGUCUAAUCCGCCAGCGGUAUCUCAUCCAACGGUUUCCGGUAGUGCAAUUGGUCUCGGUAGUCCCUCUAUUUCAGCUGCUUUGAAGCAUCCAAGAACUCCGACAAAUCCGUCGUUGGAUUACCCAUCUGCAGAUUCUGAUCAUAUGAGCAAAAGAACAAGGCCCAUGGGGAUAACAGAUGAGGUAAAUCUGCCGGUUAAUGUGUUACCUGUGUCAUUCCCGGGGCAUUCUAGUCAUACUCAAGCUUUUAACGCACCUGAUGAUUUGCCGAAAACCGUUGCACGGACGUUAAACCAGGGUUCAUCUCCUAUGAGCAUGGACUUUCAUCCUGUUCAACAAACAUUACUCUUAGUUGGAACAAAUGUGGGAGAUAUCGGAUUAUGGGAAGUAGGCUCACGCGAAAAGCUGGUUCUAAAAAAUUUCAAAGUUUGGAAUCUUAGUGCAUGUUCAAUGCCUUUUCAAGCUGCUCUAGUAAAAGAUCCAGCUAUCUCGGUGAACCGUGUAAUCUGGAGUCCGGAUGGUUCAUUGUUCGGAGUUGCAUAUUCAAGGCACAUUGUACAAAUAUAUUCAUAUCAUGGAGGUGAUGACGUGAGACAAAACGUAGAGAUUGAUGCUCAUGUGGGUGGAGUAAACGAUCUUGCAUUCUCUAAUCCGAACAAGCAACUUUGUGUGAUAACUUGUGGGGAUGACAAAACAAUCAAGGUUUGGGAUGCAACGACUGGCGUAAAAAAGUACACUUUUGAAGGCCAUGAAGCUCCGGUUUACUCUGUAUGCCCUCACUAUAAAGAGAAUAUUCAGUUUAUAUUUUCAACGGCUCUUGAUGGAAAGAUAAAAGCAUGGUUAUACGAUAACAUGGGAUCGCGUGUCGAUUAUGAAGCACCCGGUCGUUGGUGCACUACGAUGGCAUACAGUGCUGACGGAACAAGGCUUUUCUCGUGUGGGACAAGCAAAGAUGGGGAAUCGCACAUUGUCGAAUGGAACGAGAGUGAAGGGGCGGUUAAAAGAACGUAUCUCGGUUUCCGUAAACGAUCUUUAGGUGUCGUACAGUUUGAUACAACAAAAAACAGAUUUUUAGCAGCUGGUGACGAGUAUUUAAUUAAAUAUUGGGAUAUGGAUAACGUUCAGCUUUUGACAAGCGUUGAUGCUGACGGAGGUCUUCCGGCAAGCCCACGAAUCCGUUUUAACAAAGACGGUGCUCUUUUGGCUGUUUCUGCUCAAGAUAACGGUAUAAAAAUUUUAGCAAAUUCUGAUGGACUUCGGUUACUUCGAACGUUUGAAAAUCUUUCGUUUGAUGGUUCUGCGUCAAGAACUCCUGAAGCUGCAAAGCCUACAAUAAACGCGUUAUCUGCUGCGGCUCCUAGUAGUGCGGCAUUAGCAGAACGGGUUGCAUCCGUUGGAUCCAUCUCUGCAGUGAACGGGGAUGCGAGAAGCUUGCCGGACGUGAAACCUAGGAUUGUGGAAGAAUCUAACGACAAAUCAAAGAUUUGGAAACUAUCGGAGAUUAACGAAGCUUCGCAAUGUCGGUCGCUGAAGCUCCCCGAGAACAUGAGAGUAACGAAGAUAUCAAGAUUGAUAUAUACAAAUUCGGGAAAUGCUCUUUUAGCGUUAGCAUCAAACGCUAUUCAUUUGCUAUGGAAAUGGCAGCGUAACGAGCGUAAUUCAAGUGGCAAGGCGACAGCUGGCGUUUCACCGCAAUUAUGGCAACCUUCAAGUGGGAUUUUGAUGACGAAUGAUGUGGCGGAGACUAACCCUGAAGAAUCCGUUGCGUGCUUUGCUUUGUCGAAAAACGAUUCGUAUGUUAUGUCUGCAUCUGGAGGAAAGAUAUCCUUGUUCAAUAUGAUGACAUUCAAGACAAUGACAACAUUCAUGCCGCCACCACCUGCAGCAACGUUUCUUGCUUUCCAUCCUCAAGAUAACAAUAUUAUAGCAAUCGGAAUGGAUGACUCAACGAUUCAGAUUUAUAAUGUUCGUGUAGACGAGGUUAAAAGCAAGCUUAAAGGACACUCUAAACGUAUAACCGGUCUCGCCUUUUCUCAUGUGCUAAAUGUGCUUGUCUCAUCUGGCGCUGAUGCUCAGAUUUGCGUAUGGAGUUCGGACGGAUGGGAAAAACAAAAGACACGAUACGUUCAACUCCCGCCAGGGAGAACACCGUCACCACAAUCCGACACGCGUGUGCAGUUUCAUCAUGAUCAGACCCAUUUUCUUCUUGUUCACGAGACUCAACUCGCCAUCUAUGAAACGACAAAACUAGAAUGCGUAAAACAGUGGAUUCAACGUGAAAAUUCAGCCCCGAUAUCGCAUGCGACCUUUUCAUGCGAUAGUCAACUGAUAUACGCAAGUUUCUUCGAUGCAACCGUUUGCGUGUUCACCGCCUCUCACCUUCGCCUUCGAUGCAAGAUUAACCCCUCUGCGUAUCUUACAAGUAACCUUAAGGUGCACCCCAUGGUGAUUGCGGCUCAUCCACAAGAACCAAAUCAAUUUGCACUAGGGCUUUCUGAUGGAACCGUUCAUGUUUUGGAGCCGCUUGAAUCUGAUGGCAGAUGGGGCGUGCCGCCACCGGCUGACAACGGGUCCACAAGCACAGUUCCGGCUACACCGCCAGCGGCUGGUUCAGGGUCGGAACAACCGGCACAGAGGUGACCCGGUUGACUAAACACUUGUUUACUGUGCAGUUCCAGCUUAGUAGUUAUGUUCCUGCUUCUAGUGCUACUGUUAUUAUUGUGGAUUAUUUUGUUAAAAUGUAUUUUAGUUGGUGAAUUGACUUGAUCUAACUUGUUAUGUAAGAUGAUGUGAAGGGUAAAUGCUAAUUGUCUGAUUAGGGUUUUCAAUC